AUGCAGUCCUACCCGCACAGGCAUCACCAGAUCGUGGGAGCAAAGGUACCUCUGUCCUCUCCCAUCGACAACCAAGCCUGGGACAUUGGCCGCGGCCUCGAACGGGCGGAAUACAUUGAGGCGUUCAACUUCUCGAUGAAAGAUGACGCCCCCUCGGAUGCCGAGGCUACCGCAUAUUCUCGCACCGGCAAACUCAAGCAAGAUGACAUCCUCAAUUGGGUCCAUCAGCGAGGCGCUUUUAAACCGCUAGAGCAUGCAGAUGCGAACGCGAGACUAAACGGCGGAGUUCGCCUUUUGAUCUUGGAGCGCGCAUACUAUCAACCUCCCAGCUUCAACAUCAAGAAGAGCACGUACAGAGCUGUCGCGCAACGUUUCCAUCUAGAUGAGCAUACGCUCCUUGCCUCGUCCAGCGAAAGCGGUCUAUCGUCACACAGCAUCGAGCUCGACGAAAAGGGUAAUCCAGAGCGAUUGAACAUGAUCAUCAAGGCCUCGCAGAAGUUUCAGGUUGGCAACUACAGCCUCUCGUUCUCUCAUGAUCUUGUCACGGGGUUCUCCACUGGCAUCCUUCACGGCACAGGUGUGACGCAGCAUGGCGGCGACUAUGAGCUUUGGUUGUCACACCCGGCCGCCGAGUUGUUUGAGCUACUCAAAGCUAGUGCACGAUUCUGGGCCCAUCCGCUCUGUCUACCCGUGUUGGUGCUACAUCAUCACUUGCAGAGGACACAAUACUUUUGCACAGUCAUUUUGUCCAACCAGCUCACAGACGUGCAAGAGCAGCUGGGUGUCAUGCGAGCAGGCCGACUACAUGGCAUCGAGGCACAGAGCAACCUGUCGACCUUGCCUGUCCAGCAGGCAAAGACUAGUCUAAAAGAUUUAACAGCAGGAAUGAGCAACCUGGCAUAUGAGACGAUUUGGUGCUGUGGAGUAUCCGACUGGCAGUGCGAAACCAUGGUGUUUCUGCGCGAUGUUCUGGCGGAGAUCAGCGGCCUGGUCAAGGACUUGAAAGGCACACAAGCCAUGAAAGCCCACAUUCGGUACCUAGCUGCGACGGCCGCGAGUGUCAAGCGGCAUAAUGUUUCGAUGAAGGAGAAUACUCAUGCGGAUAUGAGUGUCCUCUAUAGCAUAAUCUCCCAGGUCGACAACCGCCUCAACGCCAAAAUGGCCGCCUCUUCAAGCCGCGACAGUGCCGCCAUGAAGACCCUCGCCUUUCUGACGAUACUCUUUCUGCCAGGGACGUACAUCGCCGCAAUCUUUAGCACUGGCAUGUUCAACUGGCACAUUGACUCGGGCUCACAGCAAGCUGCGGCUGAGCGUGCAAACAACGCCCGGUCCAUGAGUGCAAGGGCCGACACUAAUGCAACACCAACUCCAGAAAAGACGAUUUCCGACCUCUUCUGGGUGUAUUGGGCAGUCACGGUGCCGCUGACAAUUUUGGUGGCGGCGGCGUGGCGCAUAUGGUGGAGUCAUGAGAAGAAGCACUUUGAUCAGGACAUCGGCGUAGAGAUUAGGGCUAUGGACGACAGCAGGAGUCAACGUGCAGGGGCAGUGGAUGAAGGGGAGACGGAGGAUGUAAUGGCAGCAAAGAAACCCCUGCCCUUGGUGAUGGCGGCUUACACCUACGUGGUGAAAGGAAGAGGUCGAUGA